UUGGUUGGCAUCGCGGGCAACUUUUUAUGUGUGUGGGGGUGCUGUUUUCAGCAAUUGCUUGAUAAGAUCAGCCAUGGGGCAUUGUCCCGUCAGUUUCUGAUCAAUUUCUACAUCCUGUGAACUCGCUGCAUGAAACAACUGUGGGGAACAUUCACUGUAGCCGACAUUAUGCGGAGAGACUGGCUGCGUUUUAAUGUGCAAACUCCAUGGCUGUAAAAUGAGGGAAUGAUUUUCCUUGUUGGGGGAAACAUGCUUGUUUAUAUACCAAGGAAACUAGAAAGCAAAUCCCACUGAAAUCACUGACAUGUGGCGGUGAAGAUGGGGGACUGGAACUUGUUGGGGAGCAUUUUAGAGGAGGUUCACAUUCACUCCACCAUCGUGGGUAAAAUCUGGCUGACCAUCCUGUUCAUUUUCCGGAUGUUGGUUCUUGGUGUUGCGGCAGAGGACGUUUGGGUGGACGAGCAGAGCGAGUUCGUCUGCAACACGGACCAGCCUGGAUGCAAGAACGUCUGCUACGACCAGGCAUUCCCAAUAUCGCUCAUUCGCUUCUGGGUAUUGCAGAUCAUUUUUGUUUCCUCGCCUUCGCUGGUGUACAUGGGACAUGCUCUGUACCAGCUAAGGUCUUUAGAGAAAGAACGGCACAGGAGGAAAAUCCAGCUGCGAGCAGAGCUGGAAGAGACCGAGCCCCUCUUGGAGGAGCACAGAAAGUUGGAGAAGGAACUGAGGAGGUUGGAAGAGCAGAAGAAGAUGAAGAAGGCUCCUCUAAGGGGCUCCUUGCUUCGUACAUAUAUUAUUCAUAUCCUCACCAGAUCAGUGGUGGAAGUGGCGUUCAUUGUCGGGCAGUAUAUCUUAUAUGGCAUUGGACUGGAUCCUUUGUACAAGUGUGAGAGGGUGCCUUGCCCGAACAGCGUGGACUGUUAUGUUUCCAGGCCAACAGAGAAAACCAUCUUCAUGGUUUUCAUGAUCGUCAUCGCAGGAGUUUCGUUGUUCCUGAACCUUUUGGAAAUAUCCCACUUGGGGGUGAGAAAGAUUAAACAGACUCUGAGCGGACUGCAGUUUGUCGAGGAGGACAGUCUUUGCAAACCCAAGCAUUCGACAAUUCAGCAGCUCUGCGUGAUGACGGAGUAUUCGCCUCACAAAAACCCACAAUUGAAAACGUUUAUCCCGCAGGGACAAAUGGACAAACAUCUGUUCAGCUCUUCGAGCAAUGAUAUUCUGCGGCACAACAGUUUAGCAGCGUCCACCCUACCGGUGUCCUGCAUUACCCAGCAGCCUCGCCAAAUGCGCCAGCCCAGCCAGGGAAUGAUUCAUGAACUGCACUCCCAGGGGUCACUGAGGCUCCUGGAGGACCAGGAAAACCAGCAUCCAGAUAGCAGUAACUGCUCAGAAAGGGACAUUAGGCCUUUUAACUCGGGCCAUCCGGGUUCUGAGGGCCAUACCGAGAUACCAGCCUGCCUUCGCAAUGCUCUGCACAGGCCCAGCCGCUUGGCGGACCUAGCAGAUGAUGCUAUGGAGUCCUCCGAGAGCGACUUCUGUCCACCCAACAGGAAAGCCAGUUUCAUGGUUCGGAUGCCCUCUGAAAGCAUGUCCGGCAGUCCGUCCUGUCCCUCCACCAGGAGUUCAGAGUCUGAGCUGGGAUCCCUUAACGACCUGCCCAUGAACCCACCACCAGGGGGAGGACGACGGAUGUCUAUGGCAAGUAGAUGGAAAUGAUUUACAGCUAUAUUUAUGCCUAUAAAUUUUUUUUUUUUUUAAAGUACUUUGACAAUCUUUUAUACAUUUUAAAACAGAAAGGUGUUCUUCA